AUGCAGUUAUCUUGCGUUUCUGUGCUGUCGCGCGAGAACAGAGCCCACCAGGCCUCCCUCUUCACGGCCGACGACGCCGUCAAGCACGACUUUGUCAAGAACACGGCGGGCGUCAGCGCCGUGCGCGAGACGCACCGCAUCCGCAACCAGGGAGUCCGAGAGGGCAGGUCCGGCCCGCCGCUGCACAUCCACCUCCGGCAGGAGGAGACGUUCGAGGUGCAGCAGGGCGUGCUCGGGGUCGUGCUUAACGGGAAGGAACAUGCUGUCUCCAAGGACGACGGCCGUAUUGUUGUGCCUUGUGGGGCGAGGCACCGAUUCUGGGCACACGAGUCCUCAACCGAGGACCUCAUCGUGACAUUCUGGUUUGAGCCGCAGGGGCUCGACCACGGCGUCGACGAGUCGUUCAUGCGCAACGUCACGGGCUACGUGCGGGACUGCGAGCGACACAGGAUGGCGCCGUCCGUCUUCCAGAUCAUGCUGUUCAUGUAUCACAGCGACAUGGUGCUGACGCCCCCGUUCUGGACGCCUGUGUGGCUCUUGGUCGCGCUGCAUCACGUCUUGGCUUAUUGGGUGGGGGCCGGACUGCUCGGGUACAAGGCGAGUUACCCCGAAUACAGCCUGACGAACUUGGACAAGAAGUCGACGUAAUGAGUACAUACCUACUCAAGUACCCAGGUAUGCAGGAUUGUGACCGGUCUCAGUCCGAGGUCCCGAUGUGACGGAUUGACGCAGGUCGCAGUGGGUCAUGGGGCCAAGUCGACUGCAAGAGACAGACAGGAAUGUAAUUACCCGUUGGAUACUGACGUUUUCG